AUGUGUAUUAACUCAUUCACUAUUAUUUCUUUGUGAUUAAGGUGAUUUCCUAUUACUGUACUGCGUCUCCUCUGAGUCAGAAUUUGUUUUGAUGAUCUCACGCUAAGUGAAAGUGGGGUGGAAGUGGAAUCAACAUUCAACUAACGCGAAGCAGAUAUUCAGGAAAAUGAGCAGCAAAGAUACAGUGGAUGCAAAGACUAUUCCGGAUGACCGCACAGAUGCCAAGCCCCAUGGGGCUGGGGAGGGAAAAAUGCCCCAGUUACCAGGGCAACACAUGCCCCCUCUACCCAGAUCAGCAGGAGAAACAAUGAUGACUGCAGAGGAGUUCUUCGCUGACGAGUAUAAGAUGGACUACCCAAAUCGAGGACGGGCCAUUAUCAUUAAUAACAAGACGUUUGACCGCAGUCUUGGCCUUGGCGAGAGGACGGGAACAGAUCAAGAUGCCAUUGCCCUUCAUCAGCGCUGUGAAGAAAUGGGAUUUGAUGUAGAUAUGUACCAAGAUCUUAGAUGUGAAGAUAUGCGACAAGUGUUAUCCAAAGCGUCCCAAAAUGAAAACUACAACCAGGAGUCUGACUGCUUCAUGUGCGCAAUCCUGUCCCACGGGGAGGAGGGAGUGGUAUUUGGCAUCGACAGUAAAAUAGAGACUAAGCUACUCCUGGAGCCAUUCAAGGGAAACAACUGCAAUAGUCUUGUUGGCAAACCUAAAAUAUUCAUCAUUCAGGCUUGUCAGGGGUCCCAGUUUGAUGGAGGGGUCCAUGUUGAUGUGGCAGAUGCCAAGUCCCACAUGUCGAACCGGGAGAUCCAGGUGCACAAGAUCCCAUCCGAGGCUGACUUCCUCAUUGCAUACUCAGUUGUGCCAGGAUAUUUCUCAUGGCGUAACAGCGCCAAUGGCUCGUGGUUCAUCCAGGCCCUGUCCAGCGUUCUUGCCCAGAACUGGCAGAGUCUCGACCUCCUCACCAUCAUGACACGUGUGAACAAGAAGGUCGCAUAUGAGUUUGAAUCGCGCACGGGAAAGGAGUUCAUGAACCAGAAGAAGCAGAUACCUUGCAUCACGUCCAUGUUAACAAAGGAGGUCCGCUUCAAGUCCAAGAAAUAAACAUUCUUCGCACAACUGUGAUAGGACUCAUGUGUUUAUAGCCUUAACACUUUUUAAUUUUAAUUCAAUAGGUUCAAAAAUAAACAGAAUAUUGUUAUUUAGAUGUCAUUUAGUUAAAUAUUGUAUGCUGGGCUGUCUCUCAGCUCUAGGGGAAAUUUAGCCAGAAAAAGCGAAUUUUAAAAAAGAUUUACCAGGGUUAUUCUUUAAUAAAGUAUACCGUAAGUGAUUGAUGUGUCAUAUUGUCAAUUACAUUAACACUAGUAAUAACUGGAUUCUAUUGACGGCAUAUGGCAGGCAAACAAAUGCAUUUAUCAUUAGUUCGUUUUUUGUCCAAGUUUGAUAAAAAAAAUCUUCAUAAACAUGACAAUCUAAUGGAAGAUUUUAAUGUGAUUUUGGGGGGGGAAAAUGUAUACCAGGGGAAUGGGGCCAGGUUUCAGCUAAACACAAUUAGAAAGACAGCCCUGGUAUGUUUUUGAAAUCAUGAUUAAAAUACAUGUAUUCUUCUUUAGUCAUUUAAGGAAUCUGCAUGAUCUGUUUUAACUGUCACCUUUUAUACUCUUACAACUCACAGAUGACAAGUCGACAACGCUACCAAUAUUCCUUGGUCGCAAAGUAAAUGUAUAAUUCUGGGUAAUACACACAGUAUUACAUUUUAAUACUUUAAUGUUGGCACAUGUCAUAGACAUAAACAAAAAUUACAGAUCGAAUCAUAGACUUAAGGCGUACUUGCAAGUGUACAAUGACGGUGUCUUACCUUGUAAACCUGAUAUAGUCAUACCCAAUAUAAUACCAUGACACUUUUAGAACUUAAAAUUGACCUGAAAUAAGUAGUGUGUAUUUGUCAUCUGUUUAUAAAUGCGUGUAUAUGUGGUCAUCAAAAAUGUGAAUUGUUGGUAAUAUAUUGGUCUUCAAAAUAUGUAUGCACUUUAGCAGGAAUGUUUGGGCUAUUUAUAAAAUAUGAUGUGUAUAUAUAACUUGUAGUUUGUGCCUUGGAUUUCGGUCGUCUUUCACCAUGUAUCUGCCAUGCAGGUUAUGGUUUGUGAUCCCGUUCCCAUUUCAUUCCUUUGAAAUGUAGGAUGUCAAUAUAAAGCAGUGGUUGCUUCUUUCAUAACAUAUUUCUAGGAAACAUGUGGAAAAUGUAUGUCUUUUCAAGUUAAUGUGAACUUCAUUAGAAACUGACAUGACAUCACUUUUGAAGCCUCAUGAAAUAUUACACAACACCUUCAGGGGUGUGUUAUAUUUCUUGUAUUAUACCAAGCAUUUCAUAUUACUACUAACACUUUUUAAUUGCUUUUGAUGUGUUUUAUUACGUUUGGUCAUGUUUAAUUGCAACAAUUUUUAGCCGUUGUGAAAAUUGCAAAGCCACACUAAACAAUUUUCCUGAUGUCAGCAGUCCAUACAAUAUUUUUGGACAGGUCCGGAUUGGCAAAAUAUAUCUUAUGACCAAUGAGGUCAUAAAACUGGAUAUAUUUAUAAAAUACAGUGAUAUUCCAACCAUUGAAAUUUAUUUAUACAAAGGGACACAUUAAUGUAACUAACUGAUGUAUUUUAAUUUUCUAUUUAUGAUCCUUUAAAUAUUAAACUGCUGUAAUAAUAUUCAAUUUUACCCUGUUUCUCGAUCUCUUGCAUACCGUCCUAGGUAUCUAUAGUCAUUCUGCCUUUUGAGAUAUGCUGUUUAAGGUGUUUCAAAUAUGUUUAGUCAGGUUGGAGCAUCUCUCAGGAUAUUUAAAAUCUGUAAGCGUUUUUAAAUUCUCAUAUGAUAGUGUGUACGCAUGAAGUCAUCCAAAAUGCUUCUUUGAGAUUCUCUGUAUUCCAGUUACAUUGUCUCAAUAUACCAGUUCUCUGUAACUUGGUUAUUUUCUCUUGCCGUUUAUUUGUCAUUAAUGUUAAUGGACAUUUUGUUUAGGUAACAAGAUCUUAUGUAUUUUUUGAAUGACUGAGAAAAUUGCACUGUCGAUCAAUAUUCAUGUAUGUGUUCUAUUGUUUUACUCAUUUUAUCAUAUAAUUUUUGUAUGAAUAAAGUAUGUUAAUGAAACAUAA